GAGGCAACGAGGCUCGACGACCUCGCGCGCGGCAUCAGUGCGACACGAACCGCCGCGGCGUACGGCGGCCUGGAAAACGGUACCUCGCGAUCGCGCGAAGGUGCGCACGUUUUACAUUGUCCGCGUCGGACAGCAUCCUUCCCGUUCCCCGUUACGAUCCUUGUAGCAAUUCGUUUCUUUUCCCGGUUUUUCUAUUACUGAGCAAAGGACUAUUCGACCCGCAUCUUCCUUGGACCAUCGAAUUCUCCCCGUCCGAGUGAGUUGACCGUUCCGAGCCUCUGGCUCCUCGGCGUCCCGGAUACUCUUCUUCUGGAUUCACUUCUCCGUGGUAACGAGCUCAUUCCUGAAUCUCCGGGCCACGCGAUUCAUUCACCGCACGAUGUCCGCGUUGUCGUUGCUGCUGCUGGCCGCGUCGCUCCUGGCAUCCCCGAGCGUCCGCGUGCUCGCGCGCGACGUUGACUUCUGCUUCGCGGACGAGGAUGACCCGUACCUGUACCUGGCCACGAAGACCGCGUACCACUUCGUUCACGGCGGCAAGACCCGGUUCCAGACGGUGCCGAAUUGCCGACCGGUGCAAAUCUGGAUGCUCGCGGCACACGGCACCCGUUGCCCGAACACGCAGGAAAUCCAGAACAUCCGCUCCUUAAACGAUCUCAAAGACCAGAUACUUCAGAAUCAUGAAGCGCGCAAAGAGGGUCACAUGUGCAAUCGAGAUCUCGAGAACCUACGAAGAUGGAAGCUGGACGAUUAUUUGUUGCCACAACGGGCGGAAAUCCUGACGCCACAAGGGGUGGAGGACAUGAAGCUGCUGGCAAGAAGGUUGCAGAGCAAUUUCCCAGAGCUGUUGCUUCCCGAUCGUCACAACAUCACAUCCACCAAUUACAAGUUCCGUGCUACCGAAGCUCGUGACAGCAUGACAUCUUUCAUGGAAGGCCUAUUUGGUAGCAGAUCCGCCGUGCUACCGGAAGAGACUUCCCUCAACGACACUUUACUUAGCGCGUACAAAACAUGCGGCGUGUGGAAUAACGAAGAGAAAGAUGGGUCAUUCGAGAAUGUAGAACGGAACAGAUUCGACAAUGGACCGGAGUUCCAAAAUCUUCAGAAGAACGUCAGCAGGCGGCUUGGUUUUCUGUACAAUAUUUCUGCUGAUAAGAUCGACGCUAUGUACGACGCGUGUCGAUACCAGAAGGCCUGGUCGGUCACCGAACUCUCACCCUGGUGCGCCGUCUUCAGCAAGGAGGAGCUUCGCGUUCUGGAGUACAGGGAAGACCUCGAAUACUAUUAUAAGGCGGGCUAUGGGCGAGAUAUCAACACUCGUUUGGGAUGUCCUCUGUUGCACGAUAUGAUGCGACAUUUCUGGAAUAUAGCGCGUGACGAGAUGGUGAACGAGCCCGCGGGCAUCUUCUACUUCAGCGACAUCGUCAGCCUGCAAAAUCUUCUGGCCACGAUGGGCAUAAAUGAGGAUCAAAUGCGAUUGACCGCCUAUAAUUACAAAGACAUGGCCAGACGCCAAUGGCGCACAUCGAUGAUAUCGCCCUUCGCCGGGAAUCUCAUCGCGGUGUUUUACAAAUGCAACGACAGAAAUAACCGCAACAAGGUAAUGUUUUACUUGUCGGAGAAACCAGUACGAUACAGUGGCUGUCAAGUCGGUCUUUGCGAUUGGGAGUUCCUGAAGAGCCAGUUCGGCCAAUUGGCGUCCAAUUGCAAGCUGGACGUCUGCUGGAAGGCGAGCGGAGCAAUCUCCAACUUUCCUAAUUCCAUAGCCAUCCUAUUAAUGUCCUUUGUUCUAGUCCUCCUCGGCUACAAACAGUUGUAAAUAUAAGUUUAACUUUAUUUCUCAUUGUCGAACGUUACAUCGUAAAAUACUAAGCACAAAUGAGAUUCUUGGGAGCCGAUCGAGUGAUUAUUUAUAGAAAAUUCUUUUUCUUGAAUAAAACAAAAAAGCAUAAAGAAAAUUAAGACGUUAAAUUGUAAACACUUUCGUCGCUUUUAGAUGUUACUUUUGCGACUUUAAAAGUAUAUUAAAUACAUUAUAUAAUAUAUAAUAUAAUAUAUAUAUAUAUAUAUACAUAUAUGAGUAGUAUAACAUACAAUAAGUAAUAAACAUUUAAUGUAUCUUUAAGUAUGCCUUAUAUCUCAAUUUUAUCACAUACUUUACAUUUAAGAAUUAAUAGAAAUAGUUGUUAUAAUAUAUUUCCCCUGAUUUACAAUAAUAUCCUAAUGUGUAUUAUAAAAUAUAUUUAUUAUAUUUGUUUUAUUUA